CGGAGUGUCAGACUCAGAAGCUCACCGCAAUCGGCCGUACAAGAUAAGAAAUUAAUUUGGUAUAAAUCCAUAAAUCCCGUGGGGUCCGCAAUGCAUCUUCUUCAAGAAAAAAUUCUCCACGCGUCACAUCGUACGGACACAAAAGCACGUGCUACGCGAUUUGCCGCCUUCAUCCUCUACUCCGAAUACGUACUUUUAUACGCGCAUACUCAUCGCAUACGGUAUACUCACUGCUUGCUAAGCUGCUAUUUCCCUCCCUCCACUCUUUGUGUGCUUCUAUUCUUCUGCUAUAUAGCCCCAGCAGUACCAUCUCUACAUAUUCGGGAAUCGCCAUGAAUUUCGGCGGCUGAUGUAUAAUGCGGAGUGAUACAGUGAUGAUCGAGAACUCGAGUGUUACAGAAAUGGCGGAAGAAGAAAAAGAGAGGAAGAAGAGGAAGGAGAAGCCGCCGGAGGACGACUGCUGCCCCAUUUGCUUCGGGGACUUCGCCGUUGCUUGUAUGACUAAUUGCGGCCACUGGUUUUGCGGAAAUUGCAUUUUGCAGCUGUGGAGGUAUAGAGGAGCACUUAGAGCUUGCAAGUGCCCCAUCUGCACUUGCUCCAUCACCCAGCUUGCACCGGAGGCCUCACUCCUUUUUCAACAGGAAAAGGACGUUGUUGACCUCCUUAAGGGCAUCCACUGCUACAAUCGCCUCUAUGUAGGUGGAAUGCGCGAGAUUGUGUUGAAAACACCUUUGUUGCUUAGGAGUGUCCUAUGGACACUGAUGGAUAUACUACUGGAUCCUCAUCAAUUAAGGUUAAACUAUAACAUGAUGCGUGUCAUGGCUCUAUUGGUUGGUUGGAUCUAUAGCAAAUGCCACUUCGACUUCAUCCCAACAGGGAGACUGGGAAUAUACGCGGUGUUAGAUAAAUGUGCUGUGAUUGUGGUCGUCGUUUUGUUUUCCAUUGGCUUAUACCGGAAAUGGAUUAGAGGGCGACGCAUCAGGAGGUUUGCUGUGGAACAACAAGCUAUUAGAAUUUGACACAAAAUGUUCUUACUGCUGCUGCUGAAGUUUAUUGCAUAUAUGAAAUGCUAGUCUUGUUAAUACAUACGGAGUAUUACUUAUUAAUCUACCCGCCUAAGUAUGACAAACUCUUCACCAGUACACAAUUAAUGUUUUAAAUAUGGAAUGCUUGUGACUGGCUAUUUAUCACGUAGUCUUGUUAAUACGUAUUACUUCGUCGCUAAGCAUGUGAAAGAGCC